AGAGCCCGUCGCCAUGUUUGUCAGGGCGGUGCGUUGUAGCUGUGAGCGCGUAAAAUGUUGAAAAUAUCUGCAGCGUUUUGCGAUUUAUUCGUAACGUGGAAUAUCCAAUUGUAGAUUGAAGUUCGACCGAGACGCUGGUUGUGUUUUUAACGGCAGAUGAGCGAAUUUCGCCUGAAUAAUUUGUGAUUACAUGAUGGCGUGCGAAGGAUGAGCGACGAAACUCCGGGGGCGACGCAGGGUGCUCUGCCCCCGCGGGAGGGUCAACAAGGCUCUCGAGCUGUGGCAGAGCGCCCUGCUGUGAGAUUGACUCAAGUUGCAGGAGCAGUAGGAGCACAGUAUGUUAUUACUACUUCGCAACCGCAUGGAGUUCCAGCUUUGGCCCAGAUUACACCGGGUACUUUGUCCACUCAAGGCGGAGUUACUCGCAUAAUUAGCAUAAGCCCAUCACGAGUAAACCAGACUUCACCAUUAAGACCAAGCCAAGCGAACCAACACAUCGUAAAUGUCCUUACCAAGCCUCGAGUCAAUACCAACGUUCGUUUGCAACUAUUUCCCAACAGUGGGGGCGAAGGUACCAGUAGUUCGACGAUGCCUACACAAACAUCGCCGACAAAAGCGCCAGUCAAAAGAUUAUUGCCGUCCACACCCGAAAAGAAAGACUCGUACGCCGCCAAACUCCAGCGCGUUAUGAACCAUAGAAUAGUAAGAUCCAAACUCAUCAAAGAAAAGUACAACGAACAUCUAAUGGAAACGUACUACCUAGAAGCCGGCGGAAACAUCCUCGACUUGUACCAGUUCGCCAAAAAACCCAAAUCUCCAGCGUACUUGGCGUACUUAAAAGAACACGCUAUAGACCCGAAGGAAACCAUGGACGAGCCACAGAUUCCGCAGACGGUGCCCACCACCCCCACGGCGACCGCCGCCAGCUCGCUUCCCGGAAUUUCGCACACGCAAACCACCACGACGAGCACUUCCACGCCGGUCGCCAACAACCACCAAGAAACCAAGCUGAGUUCGAGCAAAGUCAAAACUUCGAACCACCAGAGCGUGAGCAACCAAGAGCAGAUCGUGGAGAAGGCGAAACAGGAGGCGUACGUGGUGCAACGGAUAGCGGAUCUCCAGAAGGAGGGACUGUGGUCGGAGAAGCGACUCCCGAAAGUCCAGGAGAUGCAUCGCGCGAAAGCCCACUGGGACUUCCUGUUGGAGGAAAUGGUGUGGCUGGCGGCCGAUUUCGCGCAAGAACGCAAGUGGAAAAAAGCCGCCGCGAAGAAGUGCGCAAGAAUGGUGCAGAAGUAUUUCCAGGAUAAGGCGCUAGCGGCGCAGCGGGCGGAGAAAGCGCAGGAACAACACCUGCGCAGGAUAGCAGCGUUCUGUGCCAAGGAAAUACGGACGUUCUGGAACAACGUGGAGAAGUUGGUGGAGUAUAAGCAGCACACGAUUCUGGAAGAGAAGAGGAAGAAGGCUUUGGAUCAACAGCUGAGUUUCAUCGUUGAUCAGACUGAAAAGUAUUCGCAGUUGCUGGCGGAGGGCAUGAAUAGGACCAAUACUGAAAAUGUACCUGUUAGUACUGUGUCAUCUAGGUCGGUUUCUAGAGCCAAUUCCGACGACGAGUUUCACCCAGAUAGCCACAAUAGUACCGACGAUGAAGAAACUAUAGAGCAAGAAGAAGCGGCUCUGGGUGAUGCAGCGGAUCAUAAUGAAGAAGUGGCUGCGCUUCAGAGGGAAUCAGAAAUGGAUCUUGAUGAUUUCUUAAAAGAACUGCCUAAAGACUACCUUGAAAACAGAGACAGUAUUCAACUCAGUGAAUUAAGCGGCUCUGAAGAAGCUUCAGACAAUGAGGGGAAAGGACCUUCAAAGUCGUCAAAGAGCGAUGAAGACUUCAGUACCGCGAAUGUUAGCGGCGACGAAGAUGACGAAGACACCAUCCAGGAGCAGGAGCGAGUGGAAGGUGAACAGAAUCAUCAACAAGAAUUAGAGGAUCUCAAGGCUGAAAACGACAUGAGUAUUGAAGAAUUGCGGAAAAAGUACAGCGGGCCGCUUCCCCCGGUUUCCGAUGACGAAGAUCCGAAAAUGUCGGACGUGUCGGAGGAUGAGUACGAACCGUCAGAUGAGUCCACGAGGAGUUCGGACGAAGACGACGAAGUGGAAGAGGAAGUCAGCGACAUGGAGGCGUCAGAGAAUGAAAGCCAAGGGGAGGAUUUAGGACUCAAAUCGUUACUUGAAGAUUCUCAUACUGAGGGAGAAGAAACAAAGACUGAUAAAAAUAAUGACCUUAUUAAUGACGCCGCCGCGAUAGCUGAAAGUAUACAACCCAAAGGCAACACUCUGUCUUCCACCAACGUGUCGACUACAGUACCGUUUUUGCUUAAGUUGCCUCUCAGAGAGUAUCAACACAUCGGUUUAGAUUGGUUGGUGACGAUGUACGAGAGAAAACUGAACGGUAUUUUGGCGGACGAGAUGGGUUUAGGGAAAACUAUUCAAACGAUAGCGCUCCUGACGCACUUGGCGUGCGAAAAAGAAAACUGGGGGCCGCACUUGAUCGUCGUCCCCACGUCGGUCAUGCUAAACUGGGAAAUGGAGUGCAAAAAGUGGUCUCCGGCUUUUAAAAUUCUGACGUACUACGGAACGCAGAAAGAAAGGAAGCUGAAACGGCAAGGAUGGACGAAGCCGAACGCUUUUCAUAUUUGUAUUACGUCGUAUAAGCUAGUCAUUCAAGACCAUCAGAGUUUUCGCAGGAAAAAGUGGAAAUAUCUGAUCUUAGACGAAGCCCAAAAUAUCAAAAAUUUCAAGUCGCAGAGGUGGCAGCUGUUGCUGAAUUUUCAAACGCAACAGCGGCUACUUUUAACUGGUACUCCGUUACAAAACAACUUGAUGGAGUUGUGGUCACUCAUGCAUUUUUUGAUGCCCAACGUGUUUCAGUCCCAUAGAGAGUUUAAAGAGUGGUUUUCAAACCCGGUGACCGGGAUGAUCGAAGGCAACGCCGAGUACAACGAAAAUAUCAUCAAAAGGUUGCACAAGGUGUUGCGGCCGUUUUUGCUCAGACGACUUAAGUCAGAAGUGGAGAAGCAGAUGCCGAAAAAAUACGAACACGUGAUUUUGUGCAGAUUAUCCAAAAGGCAGCGAUAUCUUUACGACGAUUAUAUGUCAAGAGCAAAAACGAGAGAAACAUUAGCUAGUGGAAAUUUACUAAGUGUGAUUAACGUUCUAAUGCAGUUACGAAAAGUCUGUAAUCAUCCAAACUUGUUUGAAGUUCGACCGACAACAUCGCCCUUUCUUAGUGACGGUAUACUUUUACUUUACCCCUCUUUAGUUCGGUCCGCACUGGAUUAUGACGUAUGGAAGCAAUUUAAUUUAUCUUCACUAAAUUUAAAUUUCGUCUUUAUGGAAAACAAUCUCAGUGCGUAUCAGAGUUACCGCAUGAAGCAGAUGCGAACACCUCGUAAAAUAAUCGAGUCGAAUGUAGUACCGGACGAAGUCCCUCCUCUCCCUCCUUGUCGCCUUGUCAUGAGGAUAAAGAAACAAGACGACGCGAAAAAUGUUCCUACUAAAACAGAAAAAAAAGAUGUGAACGGGAAAAAUCUCCAGCCACAGCCGAACAUUAAAGUUAAAGUUCCACAAUAUAUAGUCCAACAGGGUAUAGUCAAAGCCAUUCCUGUCAAUCUGUCUCAGCCUUUGCUCAGUAAUCAGUCAGUCACGCCCGUGAGUGUCACAUCUGUGCUAAAACCAGCUGAUAAAAUUUCUGCCAGUUUUGCACAGUUGGUGCAGACGUCGACGGGCAAACAUCUGUUGUUGACACCCAACCCGAGUAUAUCAGGAAAUAUUCCAGUGUCGACGACAACAGCAGGUGGCCAGAAGUUGACUUUUUUAUCGAAACAGCCCCUCUUAACCGCGGGAAAUUCGCACCAAAUAACCAAGGCCGUCAUGAAAAUUCAGUUGACUUCGGUAGCCACGACGACGACAAACACGGCCACCACUACGAGUGGGGGUCCUUCCAAGUCCGACGACAAAGACGAAAGGAAAACCGUAGGUUCGAAAUAUAUAGAACAGUUAUAUGCUAAUCAGUCGAAUAGUUUGGACGUUCGGUGGGAUAAUGAAUGCGUUGGUAAUGAUGUUGGGUCUUCUGAUGAGAUGGAUUUGUUUAAAGAUGAGUUCAAAACUAGAUUGCAAAUAAUGGCUCAUAUCAAUGAACGACGAUGUUCAGCGAUUCCGUUGUACGGCGAAGAUCUCCGUAAUGUCGUGACGGUUUUUGACGACAAGACACGAAUAAUCAGUUCGUGGGAUAGCAGAGAAAAGAAAGCGCAAGAGACCGAAUGUGAUUCAAAUCUGGAUUUGUCCAUUUGCUUGAAAGAACUCGUCCAUAGUCCAGAAAGUAGAAUAAAACAACUAGGAGAUAUUUGUGAUAGGUUUAUUUUUUACGUGCCUGCCGUGCGCGCGCCGGAGCCAGAAAUGCAAGUGUGGCACCCACCCCCGAGUCUUUAUUGGGGCGAAAUCGAAACAAAAAGACAACUGUGUUCGUUGCUUUCCGGCCCCGCGACGCCUCUACAUCGCAUCGCUUCGGCCAUGGUCACGCAAUUUCCAGACCCCAGACUCAUCCAGUACGAUUGCGGAAAAUUACAGACCUUGGAUAGAUUACUGAGGAAGCUGAAAAGCGAAGGUCAUCGAGUGCUUAUAUUUACACAGAUGACGAAAAUGCUAGACGUUUUAGAAGCGUUUCUCAACUUUCACGGUCAUAUUUAUUUGAGGCUGGACGGGACGACCAAAGUGGAUCAAAGACAGUUGUUGAUGGAAAGGUUUAACGGCGACACGCGAAUAUUCGCCUUUAUUUUAUCUACUCGCUCUGGCGGUAUUGGCGUGAAUCUAACAGGCGCAGACACUGUGAUAUUUUACGAUUCCGAUUGGAAUCCCACAAUGGACGCUCAAGCGCAAGACCGUUGUCACCGCAUUGGACAAACCAGAGACGUCCACAUAUACAGACUGGUGAGCGAAAGAACCAUAGAAGAAAACAUUUUGAAAAAAGCCAAUCAAAAAAGACUGUUGGGUGACCUCGCCAUCGAAGGGGGGAACUUCACGACGGCUUACUUCAAAAGCUCUACCAUACAAGACCUGUUCGAAAUCGACGCCAAUGAAGAAAGCGCCGCUAAAAGAAUGUCGGAAGUGGUGGCUAGCCGAGAACAACGCGCCGCAGCGGCCAGCGGAUCCGAUCCUUCUGCUGGUGGUGACGAAAAGGUGGCGCUGGGAGCUCUCGAGAACGCGUUAGCUGCGUGCGAAGACGACCAAGACGUUCAGGCCGCUCGGACGGCCAAGGCCGAGGCGGUGGCCGAUUUGGCCGAGUUCGACGAAAAUAUUCCGCUCGAGGAGCAGGAAAAGGAGCCCGAGAUGAGCAAAGCGGAACAGGAAAUCGAUAACAUCAUUAAGAAGCUGUCUCCCAUUGAAAAAUACGCCAUGAAGUUCAUCGAAGAGACCGAGUCGGCCUGGUCGGCCGAACAACUGGCGGCCGCCGAACGCGAAAUCGAAGAACAGAAGAGGGAGUGGGAGAAGAACCGCUUGGCCGCUAUGCGCGAAGAAGAAGAACGAAGAGCCCGCGAACUGGAGGAAGAGAACGAUUUAAUUACGUUUUCACGGGAGGACGCUACAAACCAGAUAUGGGUUUCUGAUAAUACCAUGGAACAAAUGCCUAUGUGGUGUCCUCCGACGCCGCCUCAGCAAGACACCGACAUUUACAUCGACCAAACCAUGUCGUUUCUCUACGACAUGAAUAUAAUGUCGGAAUCGCAACUGCCACCCAUUUACGUGAAAAAAGAAGCAAAGAGAACCCGGCACGAAGCCGGUUUUGUGGACAGCCGGCGAGCGUUGAAGAUACCGAGAAAAGAAGACUCGAUGAACGCCCCCAAGUCGUUGUUUCAUUCGGCUACGAGUUUGAAACUUAAGCGAGACUUGAAACUACAAAAAUAUCGGGGUUUGAUGAGGAACACUUUACCCAUUUCGGGGAAAACGAAUGUGCCUAAACCGACAAUCGAGACGCCUUUGUGGCACGAUUGGACAGUCCACGAAGACAUGGCGCUACUCAAAGUAAUACAGUCGUUUCAAGGGCUCCCGUUGAACUUAUUGGUGAUUUCACCUGGUCAUACCCCCAAUUGGGACUUCGUAGCCGACUACGUGAACACCGUUUCUAUCACUUAUCGUUCGCCGAAACAAUGCCGCCAACGCUACGAAACCGUGCUAAUCCAGCGCGAAGAAGGAAAACAAGUUUUCGAUAAUUCCGUUCGCAAAAAGAAAAACAAGAGUGGUGCCAUGCAGAAGUUUCCGUUUCAGCAGAAAUCGAACCGACCGAUGCGCACCUCUCAGUUGUACACUCAGGAUAACAAUUCGAAGUUUUCUCAGAUUAUGAUUCAGAGGUUUGAUUCGCUUAAGUCGAUUUCGAACAAACGGGUGCCUGCGCAGAGGAGCGUGAGUAAUAAUCCGUUGCCGAAAAAUCCGAAACAUACAGCCAUGUUGACGGAAUGCGGGAUCGAUUUAGACCACCCGGUUUUACCGGUGGAGGUGGCAGCGAGAAGGGCUGAGAGACUGGCGAGAGAGAAGAAACCGAUGACGACGGAACAACAAAUCGUUCGGUUCCAAAUGAUGAAAGGUUUGCUGCCGCUGACGCAGGCAAGUUCUUCCACCACGUUGCCUCAAGUGGUCGCUGUUUCCAGCGGGCAAUCUGUGACUGCGGUGACUGCGCAAGUCACGGUUGCGCAGUCGGUGAAUGUCGUUUCGGCGGUGACGACUACUGUGUCUACGACUCCGGCGAUUCCUCCAAACACAAUCCGGUCCCAGCGGAUCAUAACAUCGCCGCUUCAAGCAUCGACGGUGGUCUCGGUGGCCGGUUUAAGUCCCGCGCAACUACAGGCCGCCACUCAACGACUCAUAGUCUCCGGGGCUUCCCCAGGCCAGGCGAAAUCCGACGGCGGCACAGCCACCGCUAUCCAAGCCAAGUCGAUCAGCUCAGCGCAGCUACAACUCAUACGUCAGCAAGCCGGUGGCACGUUCAAACCUCACGUGAGGUUGCAAACGGGAACAAUUUCCGGUCAGACAGUGAAAAACUCGACGGUCACGAUCGGGGGCCAACAAGCCGUCGUUCAGCUUACCCAGGCCCAGCCGCGACCGCAGUUCGUCAGACAGGCUGUAACCGUGGGUGCUAAAACCGGUCUAACUCGGACGGUUACCGAAAACGAAGUGACUCAGUUGUUCAAGAAGCAACAACAACAACAAAAAACUAUAACGGCGGCGGUGGCUAGUGGCACUCAAGCCUCGACCAUUCAAGGGUUGCCGUCGCAGGUGUUAGCGCAAGCUGUGCAGCAGGCGGGGACCUCGGGGACACAAGUAGCGACUUUGGUCAAAGCCGUGUCGAGCAGCGGCGGAGUGACUCAAACCGUGACGAUCCCGGUUUCUGGGGUGACGCUAGCAACUACAGGAAAAACCAUAACUCCGACUAUCAAGGCGGCGAACACCCAGCAGUUCAAGCAGUUCCAAAUUCACCAGCAGCUACUAGCUCACAAGAAACUGGGACCUCAAAAGUUGAACAUCGCUCAAGUCGGCGGGAAGAAUAACGUUCAGACUCAGCUUAUCGUGGGUCCGAAACCUCUGUCGACGGCCAUGACGGUGCAACAGUUCACGCAAGUGAUGCGAUCCCCGAUUGGACUAACGCGGGGUCCGGUCGUGCUCGCUAAAGGCACUCCGACGAGAGUGAUACCUGUAAAUACGUCACAAGGGACUAAGCAAACUAUACAGGUGGUGGCAGCAACAUCGCAGGCUUUGAGCUCGGCUUUACGCCCUCAGGGCUCUUCGACGUUGGCGGGUGCCUUAGCGGGUAUCAAAGUCCAAGGACAGGGCGGUACGCAAGCGCAGUUGUUAUCGCAGGUUUCUGCGGCAUUACAAAAUCCGACUGUUGUUAGACAGGGAAGUCCCGUGAGACUACAGACCGCCAGCGGUGCUUCAAUCGUGGCUGUUACGGUUCAACCGACAUCUAAUGUACAACAAGGGACUCCGCAAACUUCUAGCGCGGAACAAGUAAGUAGAUUUAUGAAAAAAUGAUGUUUAUUUUUUAGUAUUUGUAACAUUGGUUUAGAGCUUUGUAUCUGUUUUCUUUUUUUUGUAAACACGUUUUAUUUGUGUGUUUCCCUUCAAACUUGUGCUGUGAUACUAAAAGAAUUUUAUAGAAAUAUUUCACAGGUUUAGUAUUAUUUUUAGGUUAACUUUAUUUUCCCUUUAAUGUUGAGUUUUUAUGUCGACUGUAUAGUAGUUACUCAUGUAACUGAACGUUUGUUAUAUCUUGGACACUAAACUUUAUUAACUGUACAUAAACCUCAUGUAACAUAUUUUGUAAUAGGUUUUAUUUUCACAAAUAAAGGAUACUUUUUUA